AUGUCGCUCAGCAUCACCAUCGUCGGUAACGUCAAUUGUGGCGAUUAUCAAAGGGCCAAGAGUCUGGCGGAAUUCCUCAAGAAGAGCUCGAAAGACAAUUUUGAAGUGCGAGGUUUUUUCGAAACCGAUUUCGACAGAAUUCGCGCCACCGUGCAGUCGUAUAUCUCACAUUCAGAGGGAGUGCUGAUCAUCAUGGAGGAAGAGGGGAAAGAUAAGAUAGUGCAAUUUGGGGUAAGAACGUUCGAGGGUUGGGCCGGAAUAAAUUACGCAUUUUCUCCCGACGAUUGGCAGUGUGGUGAUUUCGAGGCGAAUCUAAUGGUCAAUGCAAAGAGGGACUUACGUGGAUUGAUGAACCCUGAGAGUUGUGCAUUUAUGAAAAAGAAAUUAUCGGAGUUAGCGGUGACUCGAUCGGUGAAGGAUGGAUGGAUCCAAUUGGGCAGCAAUAGUCGAGCGACUGAGGAGGAAGGGAUCGUAGAUCUUUCCCUUUUCGGGGGCUACUGGAAGAUGAGUCACUUCCGAGCUUUGCGGGUUCAUCCUGAUUGA